AUGGCCGACGGCCCGACCCUUGUGCAACUCCUUGAGACGGCUUUUGAGCAGAAUGACCCAAGGCUCUCAGAGUGGUGGCGGAUACUCCUCUACAUGGAGAACAAUCUUCUUAAUCCCGCGUCAGGCACCAUCUGGCCUUUUGAACACUUCGGUCAGCAAACGUACGCCCAUCAGCAUUUCGCGAGAAAGGCGUAUGAAUACUUCAAGUUCCACAAGGAAUCUCGGACGAGCAGAGCUGGUCUGGAGACCAUUGGACACACGAAGCCGGGCCUUCUAGAUGCCCUUCUGUCCCCCAAUGGAGGUCUCGCUGGGCAUGAGCUCAGCACCAAUCGCCGCAAGCAACGGAGAAUGCGGCCCAACCAGGCCUUCGUUGCCCAUAUCAAUUCUGAUGCGGAAUUUUGGGCGACCACAGGUGCCCUCAAAUCUAUCAACAACAAUCCUGCGGUCGCCCCCGCAACAACGAGAGACAUCCCAGUGACAUAUGAGGCAAAAGUGGCGUGUGUCCGCUUAAUGGUGGAUGCUCUUAGGGACAUGGCCCGGAAGCUGCGUGGAGACUUGAAUGAGGCCUUAAUCAAGUGCACGUCCGAUUGGGCACUAGAGGCCGUGGCUUGGGAGUUGCUGGAGGCUGCGAUAGCUGCGCAGAGAGGAAAGCAGAACGUCUAUCCGUGGGCGACUACAUUUUUCCACAAAGAAUACCUGACGUUCAACGCACGUUGGAAUGACUUGGUGGCCCUCGUCAUGGUAUCAAAAGCCGCCGCCGCCAACUUACUGCUCCCCUCCUACGCCCAGCGGUUCGCCAAUGACCCUGAUGGCGAGUUUAAGAGCAAAACGAGCAACAAAGACACGAAUCUGAGAAAGGACAACCUCUCCGCAGACUUGAAGGCUCGCAUUGCCGCGAUGGAGGCUCAAGUCAACCAAGCUGGGUAUCAUUCUGAUACCAGCCCCGGUACCCCCGAUCAAGCGCCCAAAGUAAGACGGGCUACUGGUGUUAGACAAUCAGUGGCACGCUCUCAUCCCGAUACGCCCGCUGUAGUGAAUGGCUCACUUCAGCAGACAGCCCGACCUGUUCUUUCUCUCAACCCUAUGCCUUCCAACGCUCCGAUUAGCUUCAGUCAGCCCGUCGCCUUUACUGGCUCGGACCCUUCAAAUUCACAUGGAGGCCCGGCCACAUCCGCUACCCAUUCAAGGAAAAGGCAACGCUAUAGCGGCCCCCGUACCGGCCCGCCUGCUUUUCCCGUGGCACACCCAAACCCCUUUGCUACUCCAAGCGGAGUUUUCGGAUACAGUCAGCCUAGUAGCUAUCCUACAUCCGGUGGUACUGCGGCUGCUAGGCAGUCUCCUGCACCCAUUCAGCGCACCACAACCCAGAUUACCUCCUCUGACGCUUGCGCCUCUCCUCCCAUGGCAUCUCACCGCCCAAGUCAGGCAGCCCUGGUGAUCGAUGAGCAGCACAGAGAGGCGGUGCAAUUCUCCUUCGUGCCGCAACAAUCCAGCGGUACUGAGGCCAGGGACAAUCAGGUCGAGUUUAGCUGGAAUGAUGUUCAAGUGGACGACUACGACCUGGAGAGGGACCUCGCCUCACUCGUCGACGAUGCCGCUACUAAUGUUCAGGAACUAGUUGGUACUAUCCAGGGAAUGAAUCAGGAGUUCAGCGAAAGGACAGGACGCUUCCAGAACGGCGGUGAUACGCUCCACGCCGAUGCGGUUGACGACGAAUUUACCGCAAUUAACUCCGCGCCAGCCAACCGCUUUUUCGAUGACAGCAAUCAUGAAAUGCCUUCAGCGAGCAGCGGGGGACCGGCAGGAAACACUGCAUCCCGAAUCGAUGCGAUUGAGUGGCAGAUUGAUAAUCUGGACAGCUUCGACAUGAAUGAGCCAGGCUUUAGUGAGCAAGCCCUUGGGGAGCUCUUUGCUUCAAACCAGGGGUAUGCAGAUUACGGCGCAUCUUUUGAUGACCUGGCAGUCACACCCAGCAAUUCAAGCUCGAUGUUUCACAGCAUUAGUAACGAUGGCUAUGAGCAAGACUCGGGAGUCACCUUCGGAGAUGUUGAUAACGAAGAUGACCUGUUUGCAGACCAUCUGUUCGCCAGUUAUACCACGGACAAUCCUGUCGGCACUGGUGAGAAGAGGAAGAGGGGAGAUAGGGAGGACGGCGAGGAUGAGGCGGCUCAUGCUCAGAGGUCUCGUCAGGUUUAG